AUGACAACAUUCAAAAAAUAUUUUAAAUAUCGUUAUGGAAUGGUUAUGUGUGGAAUUCGUAAUGUUCAAUUCUUGGGUAUUUUAGAUGAUUGGAAAAUUCUAAGAGAAAAAACUGAACAACUUAAAUCAUUUACUCUUUCUGGUGAUGAAGAUUUAUUUUCAUCUUAUAUCAAUGGUAUAUUACCAAUUCUUGAUCAAUUUAUCGAAACAUAUAAAGGCAAUGUUGAUAAUCAAUUCUGGGAUUCAAUUUUUAAUUUAGAACAUAAAUAUGCUAUGUCAGGGUAAGUACAAUAUCAAUUUAUUUUAUACAUUUCUACAGAUAUUACAAAUAUUAAUAUUCAUUUCAAAUUAAAAGAAGGAUGAGUAUUUGUGAAAUAAUUUUCGAUAGGAAUUCGAUAUAGAUCUGUGGUUUUCACCGUUAAAAAGAGAAAAUGAAACUGCAUCGAAUCUUGAAUAUCAGACUUUUAUGAAAAGUUUUCUCAAAGGCACUCGCCUAGUUUUUUAAAAAAAUCGAGGCUUAUUAAUGGAUUUUUGUCAAAAAAUUAGAAAAAAUGUCAAUUUUUUGUUAAAAAUCUGCGAAAACAUUAAUAACUCUUGAUUGGCUAAGCCUUUUAAUGAUUCUGUUGCACUGUUGAAU